CGUUCCUCGCUCAGAUUAGGGUGAAGUCCCACAAACCCUAACCUCUCUCUACGCAAACCUUCUUCGCCCCCUCUCUAUAUCCCAAUUAUUGGCGGCGCGUGUGGGUUACGUCGGGGCCGAUUCAUGGUGCCUGGUCUUUCACCUGCAUUGAGAAUCCCUAGCCGGAGCCCAACUGGAACCCUACCCGAAGCUUCGAACACCGUACAGCUAUGGCGUCCGCCGUCUUAGCGAACCGGAACGAACCCAAUUGGCCGCAGCAACCCAGAGGUGGAGGAGCCGGAGCCGGAGGAGGAUUCAUGGGGAAAGUUCCCUUUUCUUCUUCAAACACUAACCGUAACCCUAACCCUAAAAAGCGACAAUUCCAAGCUCAUCAUCCCGAUUUCAACGAUGAGUCGCCGGCCGUCACUCAGACUGCAUCAGAUGACGCUUCGUCGAUCAACCACCAUCGGCGAUCGAACACGAACGACGUAAAUCUCGUUCACUCCCAAUACGUCAGCUUCAACAUCGCGAGCUAUUCGGGAAAAGAGCUGGUUGAGCUCAAGAACCGCCUCCUCUUUGAGCUCGACCAGAUUCGCGUUCUCAAGAACCGAAUUGAAGCCGGCGACUUCAACCCUAAGUCGGCUCAUAAGAAGCCGAUCGGCAACAAGAAGAUGGCUGGGUCGAAACGGCCCUUGCCGGUCGCUCACGGCAAGGAAUCGAGUUCCAAUUCCAAGAGGUCGCAUUUGGAAAAUGGGGAUUUGAUGAAGAAUUGCGGGCAGGUAUUAUCCAAGCUGAUGAAGCAGAAGUAUGCCUGGAUCUUCAACAAACCAGUUGAUGUAGUUGCGUUGGGCCUUCACGAUUACUACGACAUCAUCAAGAAACCGAUGGAUCUCGGCACCGUCAAAACCUAUCUCGCCAAGGGUCUCUAUCUAACGCCUUCUGAUUUUGCAGCUGAUGUGAGAUUGACUUUCGAGAAUGCCAUGCGGUACAAUCCCCAAGGCCACGAGGUCUACAAUUUUGCCAAUCAGCUUCGUUCGAGGUUCGAGGAGUUGUUUCAGCCUCUGAUUGACAAACACGGGGAUGAGUUCCGGUCCGAAAAGGGUUCUGAUGAGGAAUUGCAGGCGAGUUCCUGGAACCAUGUUGAGCCCGAGAGGGUUUCAAGGAGGGAGACGCCUGUUCGGAUAGAGAAGAAACCUGAGCCGGUUCGGCCUCCGCCAGUUCGAUCGUCUCCCGUUCCAGCUCCUGUGAGCUCAUCAAACCCGUCGUCGAAUCCAGCAUUGGCGCAUUCUUCUCCUGUGAGGACGAGUUCACAGUUGAAGGGGUCGGGAGUGAAGCCAUUGAAGCAGCCGAAGCCAAAGGCGAAGGACCCAAACAAGAGGAAUAUGAGUAUGGAGGAGAAGCAAAAGUUGGGAAUUGGGUUGCAGAGUUUGCCUCAGGAGAAGAUGGAGCAGGUUGUGCAGAUUAUAAGGAAGAGGAAUGGGCAUUUGAAGCAGGAUGGGGACGAGAUUGAGCUUGACAUUGAGGCCGUUGAUACGGAGACCCUUUGGGAGCUUGAUCGGCUUGUGACGAAUUGGAAGAAGAUGGUUAGCAAGAUUAAGCGGCAAGCAUUGAUGGGUAACGCCAACAGCAACAGCAAUAGCAACAUUGCUUCAAACAGAGGGCACCGGGAACAACCUGCUUGUGAGAAAGUUGAAGUUGCAUCAACUGCGGAGCAUAAGAGGUUGAAAAAAGGUGAAGCGGGAGAUGAAGACGUGGACAUUGGCGAUGACAUGCCAAUGAGCAGCUUCCCACCAGUGGAGAUUGAGAAAGAUGUCGGUGGCCAUGCUAGUAGUGAUAGUUCAAGCAGCUCUGGUAGUUCGAGCAGUGGCUCCUCCUCAUCAAGCGAUUCAGAUUCUGGAAGUUCUUCAGGGAGUGACUCAGAUGACGAUAACGCUCAAUCCUAGUCUGUGCAUUCAGUUGCAUUGGAUUGAAAGACAGACAUUGAAGAGCAUGCUUUCCAUGUGGGAAGGAGGGCCUUUAACUGUUUGGGUGGAUCGCUUUAUUGAGGUACGGUUUGCUGAAAUUGCUUGUGUGUGAAACUAUGACAUUGUUGCUGCUGCUGAUGAUGGUUUGUGAAACGCGAGCUGAAUGAAUUGUAUUGUUGGCUGUGUUGAUGCAAGCAGGAUUGGGAGUUGACGGAAUCGGAACUACUGAGCAGAAGUGAAAUGUGUGAGCUACGGGGUGGUGGUUGCUUGCAUUGCGCAGUUGUGGGGGAUUUGGAAGCGGAAGUAGUGGGAAUUGGUAGUUUUGCUUGGAGGUGUAAAAACAAAGAAAUCCUUGAAGAAAAAAUUUGUUGUAGGAGAGAGAGAGAGAGAGAGAGAGAGAGAGAGAGAGGGUGGUAAAAAUUGUAGUGUAACAGGACUAGUAGUGGAAAGAAGGAAGAAGGAAGUGAGAAGAGAGAGAUUUGAAACACUUUUUGUACACAAUAUUUUACAGAAAGAGAGUUAGUACAUAAUUUUCCCCAUUUACA